UGCACAAGUGGCUUCCAGACAUAGUUAUUUAUUUCGACUACCUCUAAAUUUGCUAAUUCGUCAAACUAAACUGAUGCCAUUGGAGCUACAGACAGCGAGACAGUUCAUGUUCGGUUAUGAAACGACUCUUACUACUUUAGGUAAUACGUUUCUACCUAACUGGAUCUCUUUCAGUAAGGUUGGUUUGAUUGACAGGAUGUAUGACUUCGAUGAUGACUUUGAAACCUUCUAUACAGGUACAGAUGAUGAAUCAAUGUCUGGAUUGUAUGAGAGUUACCUUGGAUUGCCUAGACUACAGCAAUGGGAAGGUGAUCAUUGCAGUAAUAUACAGAAUGCAUCUGAUGGCACUAAAUUCAAGAGUUUCAUACAAGAAGAUGAGCAGCUGUUGUUCUUCAGAAAAAGCAUGUGCCGCGCGCAACGAAUGGUACAAGCUGGACGUAAUUACGAAGUAGAUGGAAUACAGGCUACAAAAUUCGUAUUCGAAGAUAAUGCUCUCGAUAACGGUAAAAUUGAUAAAAGAAACAAGUGUUUCUGCCGACAAGGGCACUGCCUUCCAACAGGACUGAUUGAUGUGACUGACUGCUACUAUGGAUUUCCCAUCGCUCUUAGUUACCCGCAUUUUUUGGAUGGUGAUCAACAUCUUUUAGAAAAAAUCAAUGGUUUACAACCAAAUCAAUCACUUCACCGAAGUUUCUUCAUGAUUAACCCGCUUUCAGGUUUACCAUUGAAGUUGUCCGUGAAAUUUCAAAUUAACAUGGCAUUAGGAGACAUAUCCAGUAUUACUGAAUGCGAGCGGUUUUCUGAUGUAGUUAUUCCAACUCUGUGGUUUGAAAUAACAAUGAUGCAAUUGCCUAUAUCGCUGAGAAACCGUUUUAUAUUUUAUUUAAAUUAUCUGCGAGUUGCCGAUUGUAUAAUGUAUUAUGUAUUUUUUAUUGGUGGUGGACUGUUGCUACUAUUCUCUAUUCUACGCGUUUCAUUCUCAUUAUCAGUAAACCUUUCGUCAUACCGUAUCUCUCGUUUGAGUAAAACUUACGAUAGAAAUGUUCAGAAAACUACACAACGUAGAAGACAAAGCAACUCUAAACUUGAUCAAGGAUCGGAAAAAGAGCGACAACAUUUUUUACUGUAACGAACUGGUCUACGAAUGUAGUGAUCGGCAAUCCAUAUCAGAACAAGAGAUAUUUUCAAUCAAAUAGAUUCGUUUGAAAUAAACAUGAAUAGCUAAAUCAAAUAAAAAUAGAAA